UGUCCUCGGAGCUGCGAGUAGCAAAGAUUUAUUUGCUAGGGUUUUUCUCCCUUUCUUAUAUUUCUGUACUCCGCGGGCUUAUCUUCUUUCUUGUUACGCUGAAGGGAGUGAGUUGCAGGAGAUUUUUGAAGGAAAAAUCUUAACCUAUUUUCCGUCAAGUUUGCAGCAUCAAUGGCUUCCAUUCACGUAGCUGGGUGUGGAUUAGCUGGUAGGAGGAGCCUCCCGUGUUUUGAUGGCCUCCGCUUCUCACAACCUGCAUUUGGUGGUUCUUUGUCAGUAGGAGCUAGUGGAGCUAUUGUUGAUAGGAGGUGCUUUCGGGGUCUUGUUAUUAAGGCUGCUACUGUGGUUGCUCCAAAGUACACUUCAAUUAAGCCAUUGGGGGAAAGGGUUUUGGUUAAGAUCAAGACUUCUGAUGAAAAGACUACGGGAGGCAUUUUACUGCCUACUACUGCGCAGACAAAGCCGCAGGGAGGCGAGGUUGUUGCUGUUGGUGACGGAAAAACCAUUGGAAAGAAGAAGGUAGACAUUAGUCUGAAGACUGGGAGUCAGAUUGUUUAUUCAAAAUAUGCUGGAACUGAGUUGGAAUUCAGUGGAGCCAAGCAUAUCAUUUUGAAAGAAGAUGACAUUGUCGGCAUUCUCGAAACUGAUGAUGCCAAGGAUUUACAGCCCCUGAAUGAUAGAGUUCUUAUCAAGGUUGCCCCUCCUGAGGAGAAAACAUCUGGUGGCUUACUGCUUACUGAGGCAGCCAAAGAGAAGCCUUCAAUUGGGACAGUGAUCGCAGUUGGACCUGGUUCUUUGGAUGAAGACGGCAACAGAAAGCCACUAACCAUCAGCACUGGAAGUACAGUUCUGUAUUCUAAAUUUGCCGGAAGUGAAUUAAAGGGUCCUGAUAGUUCGGAUUACAUUGUCUUGAGAGCAUCUGAUGUGAUGGCAGUUCUCUCUUAAGUUAAUUGAUUCGGCUUUUUGAGGUGAGCUGGUGUUGCGGCCCAUGCUUUUUUUAGGCUUAAGUUUCUCAUUUCUGCUGUCCCAUGAAAUUGUUGUUGAUUUGAUUCCAAGAUGCAAGUUUUCUGUUAGAUCUGAACUUGUGUUAAAUUAUGAGGCUUUUUGCCAAUUCCAAACAUAUAAUUCAGAACAUAGCUAAAGUUUUGAAUGUG